ACCCCAAAAAAGAAGAACUUUUGCUGAAACUGCUGGAGGGGAGACAGAUCCUGCCCCUGAAACCAUGGGGCCUGUCAGCUACUCAUCAGAGACCUAUGACUUGAGCCAGGUGGAGCUGAGUGGUUACUACGAAGCCGAGAACACCACCCCUUCUUUGGAGGGCUACUUUUGCUUCAACCCAGCCUCAUCUGUGGUCGGCAACCAGACAGACCCCUUCAGAAGGGUCUUCAUGCCCCUCAUUUAUCUGCUGAUGUUUGUGUUGGGGACUGUGGGCAACGCCCUGGUCCUGGUCAUUUUAGAGAGGUUCAAGCGCUCUCGCACUACCACGGAAAACUUCCUCUUCCACCUCACCCUGGCCAACCUGGCACUGUUGCUCACCUUCCCCUUCAGCGUGGUGGAGAGCUUGGCCGGGUGGGUAUUUGGGAAGUUCCUCUGCAAGAUCCUCAGUGCUGUCCACAAGAUCAAUUUCUACUGCAGUAGCAUGCUGCUAGGGUGCAUCGCGGUGGACCGCUACCUGGCCAUUGUCUAUGCAAUCCACACCUACCGCAAACGCAGAGCUCGCUCCAUCCACCUCACCUGCAUGGCUGUGUGGCUCUGCUCGCUGCUUUUGACCUUACCCGAUCUCAUCUUCAUGGAAGUCUGGACAGACGACAGCAACCGCAGCAUUUGCUAUUUUCCAGAGGUUGGGAUCGACGGCAACAACGUCUGGCUGGCGACCCGCUUCCUCUACCACACUGUGGGCUUCUUUGUGCCCCUGCUGGUCAUGUGUUACUGCUACACGGCCAUCGUCCGGGCUCUGUGUCAGUCCCAGCGCCUGCAGAGGCAAAAAGCUGUCCGCGUGGCCAUCCUGGUCACAGGCGUCUUCCUGCUCUGCUGGAGCCCGUACCACAUCGUCAUCUUCCUGAACACGCUUACUAAGCUAGAAGCCUUCACCAAGAACUGCCUCCUGGAAGACCAGCUGGACACAGCCAUCAUGGUGACAGAGGCCAUCGGCUUCACGCACUGCUGCCUCAACCCCAUCCUCUAUGCCUUCAUUGGAGUCAAGUUCCGUAACGACUUCUUCCGGAUCCUGCAGGAGCUCGGCUGCAUAAGCCAGGAGACCCUGCAGGAGAUCCUGGAGGUGACGAGGAAGGGCAGCGGGAUUGAGUCUGACAACACCACCUCUAUCUCCACUUUCUAG